AUGUCGACGUAUGAGCCUGGUUCAGGCUCUUCGUCUCCUUCGGCGCACGCCCGGAGACGUACGACAAGCAUCACAAGUGCCGUAACCCCUCCUCUCAAUCACACCUACAACUCUUCCACGAUUUUAUCUUGUCUUCCAAAGGAUUACCAGUCCUGCUUCUUCGAAGGCAUUCAAAAGCUGAGGCGAACUUCUCAGAGGGUCCUUAACGAAGUUAACGAGACUGGAAAUCAAUACCUCGUUGUUUACCACCUGCCACAAGAUAUCAUGGAACAGAUCGACAGCCGAGAAAUCAGCCUAGGAGUGUCAUUUCGCUUUAUGUUCUGCACUAGGGACAGGCUCGGGAUCAUGAAGAUCAUACCAAGUGGGGAGCAUGACCAAAGCACGGAGAAGCUCAAGGACACGAUGAUGAUUGAUCUCUUAGCAAUGGGCGUCAACUUCCAUGCAAUGACAUGGAGCGUGUCUACAACUUACCAAGGCGGAUACUGCGGCAAACAGCCAGACCAGCAGCUCAUUCCUACAUCUCAGAUACCUCCUCGUCCACUUCGGGUCUCUCCAGUCUCGCCAACCUUGGUCAUCGAGACCGGCGUUUCUGAAUCACUUGCAAAACUACGUUGGGACGCAGGCUGGUGGCUCACUAACACCAACGGUGGUGUCAAAAUCGCCCUCGUGGUAUCUAUCAAUCGCAAUCUCAGAAAAGUGCAGUUGGAGAAAUGGGAAAUGGUGGGACAAACGACUAGAACACGCCAGUCUAUUGCGCCUCAGGCGGUCCAAACGAUCUACAUCACCCAGAACAACGCCCACGGAGCGCCUCUUGUGCUCGGAUUUGCAGAUUUGAUGUCGAGACAGCCUACCGCUCAGGAGCGUGACGUUGUCAUCCCGGCGGUCGACCUAAUCCGGUGCUUUGAUACUGUAUGGUGA